AUGGAUAACGACACGGACAGCCAGACGGAUCAGCCCGCGAGUCCGACAGGGAAUGUUGCCGCGACGGCCUCACCUAACGACCCGGACCAUAGCCAUGCCCCUUCACCUGAUCCGCCAUCUACUCGCCCAAAUCCCUUUGAUGACAGUGAUCUUUCCGCCCGCAAGAGGCGUCGAACUUCGGGCUCUGCGUCACCCCCACCAUCAGCAUCAGCAUCAGCAUCAGUAUCCGCAUCCGCAUCCGCAUCCGCAAGCCCGGGCGCAUCGACAUCUGGGAAAAUAUCCACAGACGAUAAGUCGGCCGUCAAGAGAUCCAGCACCAGUACAAUGAUCAUGGGCCAACAGUCUAAAAAUACAGGGACGCCUUCUGCAGAAAAAAUUGAACUUCCAUGUACUCCAAGAACACCAACAGACAGCGCAAAAAGCAGUAGCCCAACACCGCUAUCCUCCAGCAAGGUUACCAUCAAUCUGAGAAAAGUCGCCGACCCUGCUACUGACUCCGCAGAAACUUUUCUGCCGUCAUUGAGUAACGACGAGGCUCUCCCGGUUAUCUCAAACGUCACCGGCGAUGGCCAACAAAAGAUGACUGUGGAGGAGUCGCAGCGCGCCAGGUCUGGAGAGGAAACUGCCCAAAUGUCGGAUUCCGCAAGCCCACCAGUUGAACUAAUCGCUAUCUCUGACGAUGAAAACGAAGAAAGCGACGAUGAAAUGGCCUUUUCCGUUGACGAAAAGGCUACUGGAAUUCUGAGUCGCGAGCUGGUGCCUCUUGACCCUACUCCGCAAUUUCCUUAUAUCCAACGCAAUGAAGAGCCAUCCCUGCCGCUCCUUCGAUUUAUUCAUCACUUCAAAGCUGAUUCCCCUAUUAAUCCUGAAGCUCUUAUAUUACUACAAGCUUGGAUCCAAGAUUAUCUGAAGUUUGCCAGAAAUGCCGAGAAGUCGACGGUGCUGGACUCUCGGCAAGCAAAUAAAAGGUUCUGGUUAAUGUUCCCUGAGGCAAUGCUACAGUUGUUACUAAGAAGUUCCGAACUUGUCAGGUCAUCGGAGCUGCGCAGUACCAUAAUCGGGGUCUAUUCUACAUUUGCCUGUUUAACGGCCCGCAUGGUUGCUCUGGACAUUCUGGUGCUUCAAGAAAUGCAGUCGACCAUCGGAGUGACCAAUCAGGAGCCUCCCGACCUAUACUCCGCAAAGUACCUCCAACAGCUUCAUGACAUAAUAGUCACCGAUGUGUCCUCAACAAAUGCCGGCGAAGAGAGAUCCCUUGGCUCGGAAUGGGUUCAAAAUGAAGUCGGGUCGUUCCUACUUACUAAAUUGCAAUCGAGCCAAGGUGGCAGCGUGUCUGCCUUCGCGCAUUUGGCAGCUGCCUUGACAGCCCUUGUCCCAAAGUUUCCAAGACUGUUGGAACAUUUGGCAGCCAUCGCAAAGAUUCUAAGCAGUUGUUUGCGAGAAUCCGUACGAACACUCGUCACAGGGGGCGACCGAAUCGCACAAGCACAGAGCCAAUUGGAGAUAGGGACCACUAUUUGGGACAACAUCUCGACUUGUUUGGAAAAGGUAAUUGAGAAACACGUUACUCAAUUAGGUGUUGAAACAGCUACAAGUCUAAUACAAGCUUUGACGGAUGUUUUGAAGUGGACGCUGCGUGGAGAACACAGCUCAGCAUUCGACACUGCGCGCCAACACCUGCAAAAAUAUCCCGACCUACCUUAUGUUAAUGGAUUUGAAGCGGUUGCAUGGCAAUGGAGGCUCGGCAUUUUGGACCGUUUAAUUCGUUCUAGUCAAAUGCAGCUUCGUGUUAUGGCCAUUACAAGGCUGUGCAACGACCUCGUAUCAGUAUGGAAAAGCACCAUAGACGCCGGUGAUGAAAGCAGCAACAGAUUUCUGGCAUUUAUUGGGGAGUGUUUACUGGAGACUCGGUUGAUCGAUUAUAUAUUGGGUCCGAAUUGUCAUCCUGAGAUUAUUGUCGAGAGCUCGAAUGUGUUAGGGUUUCUGAUCGUUACCAAGCUCUACAAACAGCACCACACCGAUCGUCUAUGGCAGAGUCUCAUGCUCUGUCAAGAUCCUCGCAUUACAGAGGCCUUAACACGUAUGGUAAUAAGUAUAACCAACCUGUUCGACUACGAUGGUUUGCUAGGCUGGUGUCAAAAGUUCCAAACAAUGCCACUUGAAGCGUUCUCGCCGGCAAUACGCACUCUUUGGGACAAUGUCAUGAAUGACCUGAUAUCGAAAUGUCAAUCAGAGCGUCAAACACCGUCAUUCGAGCCCUUAGACCUCUGCUUGAGACUAUUAAGGGAAGCCUCAGUUUGCACGGCGGGAUCGCGAGUAGCCGAUCCCGAUUUACAAAUGGUUGCCAUACAAAAAUUGAGAGAACUUUUGAGCACCGCACGACCCGAUGAUCUGGACAUUUUGUACCUGAGCUGUCUAGAUGACAUAGCCAAGAAGUCGCCUACAGCACUGGGAAGUUUGUGGUGCUUGUCCAUGUCCAUGCGGGGAAACAUCCCGAACGAAGUCGAGAACCUUACAAAGAAUCACGACCUUGCGAGGCUUCUUGUAGAGGAACUAGCUCAUGCAGUCCAUGCAGGGCAACAGGCGGGUGCGUUUGCCGUGAUAUCCGGCGCGCCCAACGGACCUAGAAGGGAUCUAAUCGCCAGCAUUAUCCAAUUUCAGCCGGCAGCUUUGAAUAACGGGCUAGGCGCCAUAUUGUUGGAUAUCAUUGUGGGUCCGAAAUCACCCUGUCUCGAUGACCGAAAAGCUGGCUGGUAUGUCAUCACAAACGUGAUGAGAAAGGUAUCAAUGAAGAACGCGUUUUUGCAAGCUUGCUUCUCCAGAUACCUGCCUGGCCUUCCAGCUUCUUGUUUCUCAGAUGGCAUGCUUGAUUUCGUUCGAGAACGAGUCUUGUGUCUGGCCGUGGAUGGCAGUAACUUUGCCUUGGAUGACGCAGAGGCGCUCUCGCACAGUGGUAUCGAGCAGCUGUGGCGGAUCAUUCUAGAAGCCGAAGACCCCCUCUUGGUGUCUCGGGCUAUCUCCACGCUGGCAGUCGAUCUAUACUUGGAAAGUAAUGCUAUCAAGUCAUAUUCGGUCUGUCGGUCGAGGAAGGUGCACAUAUCGCUGGUCAAUCGAUGCUUAAACCAGAUGAAACAUGCCGCUAAGAAGCUUAACGGAUCCACCGAGUCUGUCAUCGGGGAUGACGAUGAAUCAAUGGUGAUUGUUGCAACCACUGAGGAGAUCCAGCUACAAGAGCGUGUUUUCAGACGCUCUCUCCAGUUGAUGAGGUUCUUUCUGGAGAAAUACCAGGUGCACGGCCGGUUUUCCGUUGCGGACUUCAGACCGUUGAUGUUGGCGACGGUAGAAGAGAUACAAGGCGAGUCAGCAUGUUUACAGUAUCAAGCCUUUGACAACUUGAACCGCUCCGACAUUAAGCCUUUAAGCAUUGGCCUUGGGAACUCCAUUGCUUCCCUUUUAACUUGUCUAAAAAACUCGACCGGAUUUGACAAUUACCGCAUAUAUUAUCGCGGACAGCCGCUCCUUCCCAAAGAACAUCAAACUACGAAAUCUUUAGAAGAGCUUGGCAUACGUGAUGGAUUCAUUCUGGUCAAACAGGAAGAAGGUAGUGCAUCACUUGCAGGAUAUAUACGCCCUGGUUCAUCGCCACUAGAGAUUGAAAUUCUGUGCCACUUUCAAGAUUUGUGGGAAUAUUUGAGCAUGAGAGAGAAAUUGGCUGAAGAAGUUUACGACUUUCUUGUGAAGCUUCCGGCGGAUGGCCACUUCAUGCUGCAGUUUGAAUCGGAUCAGCAUGAUCAUUCGAAAGUAUUCCUCAAAGGGCAAGCGUUUCAGACACUAUAUGGCCUCCAUGCCCUAAUUGACUAUAUUGAGGCUGCUCAGCAUUCUGCAUUCACAACGAGUCACGAUGAAGAUUCCGUGGGGGCCACGCUGACAUCCUACCAAAAGGCCCUCGUGAGGGGCUUGCGACUGAUUGUCAAGGCUAUAGGUGAUCCCGAGACGCUAGAUGAAAUGCCGGCUGUCCAGCAGCUACGAAUUGGAGCUGCAAUUCUGCAAGUUUUCGUGAAGCUGUUCACAGAAGCUACCAGGUACAAAACGUUAUUGGAGCUUGGCGAUGACGUGCUGCCACAUCCUACUCGCCUCGUAGACAUCCUAACCAAGGUGGAAGGCGACACAGGUGACACGAGCUUAGCAUUGAUAGAAAGUGCAUGCACAGCAGUCUUACGCGUGGGCUCUGUGAACCAGGAAUUUUGGAACACAGUCGUAACAUCCACCACUUUUCUAGACAUUAUGAAGAACUUUCUGUUGAAAGAUACUCGAAAGGCGGUGAGACAAACGAUUGUUGAACUCAUCGAGGAUAUCACGGGCCCACAAACUCAGCUCUUAACACCUGAAAGCGGCCACUCUGUUUACGGCAACCAGGAAACCAGACCCGUUUUGCUUUCCAUCUGUACCGCUCUGAUCGAGGGCCUGCCACUUUGCCUCAUCCAUCAGUCUCAGCCUGAGGAGUAUUUCAGAGCACUGCUUCAUCUGGUCGCUCGUGCAUCCACGAUGACUUCUCAAGCGUUGGAUAUUGACCUUCUCGCAGCAGUGGCACGGGACCUCUUGUUAAAGCAUACCUGCAUAGAAACAAUCGAUCGACCGGAUGUAGCAGACCCAAUCGCAGCUGGUCUUGUGGCAGUGCUGCACAUUUGUGUUCAGAAUAGUCAAAGUCUCAGCACGUCUAAGAACUUUGAUGAAAACACAAUAUCUCGGUUAUUUUGGCGCCAUCUCUUCCCAAGGAAACGACGUGGUGACAAGGACUGCGUUCCUCAAGUGAUUCUCAACUCGAGCACGCGGAGGAAGCUCUACGAUAUAGUUUUCCGCUGCGUAAGAUGCGAUAUAAAUUCUUUCGUUCACAUGCUUAAUACGUUGAACGGUCUUGUGCCAUUUUACGUGGAAGAGCCUGAUGACCCUUAUCUCUACGAUCUUCCGUAUCAAUUUGAUCGGUCUAGAGCAAUCCGAGCCCCGUGUGGAUAUGUUGGACUGCGAAACCUCUCCAACACCUGCUAUCUAAAUUCGCUCCUCACUCAGCUGUUCAUGAACACCCAAUUUCGAAGGUUCAUCAUGUCUGUCGCUGUGCAAGACCCACAAGCAUCACAGCAGCUACUCUUCUAUACCCAGAAGCUAUUUGGUUAUAUGCAGGAGAGCUACCAACGGUUUGUGGACCCAUUUGAUGUGGUGACCUCGAUAAGGACGUAUGAUGAUACCCCCAUUGAUAUUCAUAAUCAGAUGGAUGUUGACGAGUUUUACAACUUACUUUUUGAUCGAUGGGAAGGGCAGCUGCUCAACAAGGAUGAUAAGAAACAAUUGCGUUCAUUUUUUGGGGGCCAGUUGGUCCAGCAGGUGAAAUCCAAGGAAUGCCAACAUAUCUCGGAGCGUCUCGAGCCAUUCUCGGCUAUUCAAUGCGACAUCAAAGGCAAAGCCACGCUUGAAGAAAGUCUCCAAGCUUAUGUGGACGGCGAGGUGAUGGAAGGUGAAAACAAGUACAAGUGUUCGACAUGCGACCGUCAUGUUGAUGCAGUGAAGCGAGCGUGCUUGAAAGACGUGCCGGAUCACCUCAUAUUCCACCUCAAGCGUUUUGAUUUCAACUUGCGAACCUUGCAAAGGAGGAAAAUUAACGACUACUUCACGUUCCCCCAGACUUUGGACCUUGCCCCAUACACAGUCGAGUAUCUUAACGCCGAGAAGGGUGCAACUCGGAGCGACAUUUUCGAAUUAGUUGGAAUCCUCGUCCAUUCGGGAACAGCUGAAUCCGGACACUACUAUUCCUACAUCCGAGAGAGAGGAGCUUUUGGUCGAUCAAGUUGGGUUGAAUUUAAUGACGACUCUGUACUUCCAUGGGAUCCAUCCCUGAUGGAAAGCGCAACAUUUGGUGGCCCAGACCCUCAGUCGUCCCUCCACGACAUGAAUGGUAUCAUUUAUGACAAGACUUACAGCGCCUAUAUGCUUUUCUAUCAGCGUGCAUCAUCUCUAUAUCAUGAUUCACUAUCUGGCAAUGCGACGAUCAACGGCCGUCCACCAUCUGUUGAGGUCCCGGUUCCAUUGAAGGAGCAUAUUCUGAAUGAGAAUAAGGUGCUGCUUCGCCGACAAUGCCUCUUUGAUCCGGGCCACAGUGUCUUUGUGCAGCAAUGUUUCGGCCACUCCAUUUAUCUCGGAGAAAGUCAGGCGGCCAAGUCUCGCGCGUCAAAGAAUGAUGUUGAAAAUGACGAGUUGGGAAGGCAUGCCGGUUCUGAUCUAGAUACUUCGACCCACACCUUGCAGAACUUGGCCAUGGAAGUGUCUCUGUCUCAUUUCGAUCAAGUGGUUUCCAGAACCAAGGACUCCAUCCUGAUGGAAUCUUUUGCUUCAAUGUUGAAAUCUGCCGUUACAAAGUGCUACGAUUGCGCACUUGCAUUUUACAACUACUUCCAUGUGCGCCAUGGGGCUUUUCGCUCGUUGGUCCAGCGAAACCCGGAUCCAGAUAUCAGAAGCUUUACUGGUAAGACGCUUGUACUUGCGGCCUCCAAGAUUCGAAGCGGUCUUCCGCGACUUUACCAUUGCCCAGUCCCAACAAGAACCGACUCCAGCCCAGCUAGUAUGGAUAGCGAGGAUGACUGGGACGAUUCAGAGCCGCCACCGUCAGUAUUACAAGGAAUCAUGAGCAUCUUUAACCACCUUUGGAGAUUCUUUUAUGUACAUAUAAGGUCCUGGGACGAAUAUUUCGGCACGGUGCUCGCCUUUGCCAGACUUGGAGAACUUGAGGUUGGCCAUCUCUUGGCAGACAAUUACUUGCUCAAACUACUCCAUAUUAUUAACGCGGAUCCGUCAAUGGAGUUGCAGCCCAAUUAUCAGCGCAUGGUUAAUAACCUAAUGCGGCGCUUCAACUCUAAGCCGGCAUCCUACACUGCGAUUCUGGCACUCAUUGACUACCUCAUGGCACAGCUGGAACCUAAGUUGAGUGCAGAUGUGAUUGUGGACGAGGCAGAGGAUCGACGCAAUGCACGAAAGCCCUUCCCAUGGACAUCGGAGGAAGUCCAGGCUGUUCACAACCACCCUGAUAGCCCUGCGACUAGUUUUUUCACGGAAAAACUCUUGGAGACGGAUCAGGCACCAGAGCCGACAAACAGCAUUAUUGGACGAUUGGUCGAGAGCGGAGAAGAAUUGGAUCUCAGGGUAUUCAACACUCUCCGGAAGAAAAUCCAAGGGGAGACGACAACGCAGCCAAUGGACUCGUCCAUCAGGGCAGCUGGGCGGUAUGCUGAAUGCAGUGAAUCGCUGGAGAGAGUGCAUAUCCUCAUUAGGCAUAUUUGCGCACAAGCACGCAGUCUCCAACACAAUGAGGGAUCUACGUUCUUGGGUUUUGUGGACUUGAUGCUGCGCUCUUGCCGACCCAACGAGAGUCUGGCUCUUACACGUAGAAGCUACAUUAUUCAGGCGAUCCCUAUGUGGGCACCGUAUCUGCUAGUGUACGGCGACGAGCACACAAGGGGCGUAACAGAGCGGCUCAUCAACGAUAGGCUCUUUUCGCCCGUAGGACUCAACGUACUUGAUGGGCAGGACGACAAUGCUGCUCUAGAGCCAGAGACUUUAGAGCACGUUAUCCGACAGCUCGGAAUCAAGUGCCUAAUGUACCUCCGAGACGUCCAUGUAAGGGGAAGAAUACAGCUUGAGCGCAAUGCAGCAGGCAACAUUCUACGUGUCAUUGGUUACUGCGUUCCAUUCUACGAGGGAAGCGACGAAAUGAAUGACUAUGCAGACGACAGCGCCGAGUUUCGGGCCAUUCAAGGGGAAAUAACAAGCCCCCUGCAAAGAUUGCUUGUGGACGAAAUUGAGGAUGAUGGGUCUGAGUGGGAUGGCUCAUGUGGCUCAUCGGAAUUCAUGGAUGCCAACAUAGGCGCGUUGGCACAGACAGGACAUCAUCUACAUGACUAA